UUUACAAGUUCAACACUGCAAAUGAAUAAUUGAUGGAACACAAUUUCCGAAACCACAUCUGGAUAUCAUAAAAUAUGGAACUUUAGGAAUAUUAUGACAAGAGUAGAGGCAACAAUCUAAUAGGGAAGAGAAAAUUCAAUAAUUAGGAAAAUUAUUGUUAUAACGUUACAAGGAAAACAACAGCCAGAGCUCAAACAUUAACAACAUUAGUUAAAUUAGACAUUUCUUAUCCGGAAUACUGAUCCGGCUUUUAUCAAGAACAAAACAGUUUCUAUCACGAAUGAGAUAAUAAGAUGGAUGGAAAAAUAAGAUGGAAUAUAUAAACCAGGAAUAAAUUUGUUUACAGAGAUGAAAACAACAGACUUAGUCGAUGUAGGAAACCAAUCAAAUUGGGAGGAUAUAACUAAAAGUGAUUUUCAUGGACACCAAAAGCAAAAUGAAUCAAAUCACACUAUAGUGACCGUAACAAAAUCACUAUGGUUAUAUGGAGGAAUAACUCUUGUAUUGCUAGGCCUUCUGGGUAAUAUUUUCUCAAUAAUAGUUUUAUCACGAAAACGCCUAAGGAAGUCAUCAUGGAGUUUAUACCUUACAGUCCUGGCUGUAUCUGACAUUAUAAUACUUAUAACAACAAGUCUGGAUUGGUGGUUCCAAACUUUAACUGGAAAGUUUUUCGGUGAUCUGUCAGAACCAGGAUGUAAAAUCGAGGCAUUUGCGACAUACUUCAGCACGCAUUACGCAGCUUGGAUAAUGGCUGCUGUAGCAGGAGAAAGGAUAAUAUUUAUUUAUUUUCCACAUCAUGCUAAACGUUUGUGUACCAGAACGGUUGCAAGGACAACCUGCGGAAUUCUGGGAUUGAUAUUUACAUUAUGCAAUCUACAUUUUUUCUGGACAAUUGGAAUUGUUUGUGACGGCGCUUUCUGCUAUUGUUAUUUCAUAAUUAGUUUCCCUGAAUGGUCGAAGAUUGAUUUGAUACUAUCAUCUGUCUUGCCUUUUUUUCUAAUUGCGAUAUGUAAUGCAUUGUUCAUCAAACGUAUGAUGUCAUUAUAUUCGGGACCAAACACGUCAAGAGCGAGACGCUUAAAAUCAACAAUUGUUAUGAUGAUGUCAAUAACAAUCGCAUUCAUAUUUCUGACGCUUCCAGUUGCGAUUUUAAUUGUCAUAGCAGAUUCAAGCUCCACCUAUUAUCAGGACACCGACCCAGAAAUCAAUACAGCAUUUUCAGUUGCGAUGUUCCUCCAUCAGUUCAAUUCAGUGAUUAACUUUGGUUUGUAUUUCUUAACCAAUGAAAGGUUCAAGAAUGAAGUGAAAUGCAUGCUGGGAUUGAAGAUCACCCAUUUGAGUAGACAGAGUCGCUUGAGUUAUUCAACUCUGAGCAGCUUCCUAAGGAAGAGGAACUCAGUAGUGGAUAUGGAAGCUCUAUGAUCUUUCUUGAUUAAUAUGUGAACAAAACUAUAGGAUGUCAAAAAAGGGGUUGGUGAUACUUUCUGGCAUCCUGUAAAGUAACAUUUUGUUUUAGAAGCAUUUUAUGAGUUUGUGUACAUGUAUAAUUAAAAUUCCAUUUUUUGCAUUUUGAGAAUACUUGACAUUUAUUCAACAAGUGUAAUAAAAAUAUGAUGCCUCAGAAUAUUGAUGUUUGCAUGAGUAAAUUAUCCUAUAUAGGGGGACCAAAAAUGGAACCCUGGUAUGUGAGCAUACUAAAGAGUGAUUCCUUUAGAGAGCUGAUAGCAUUGAAGAAAUUGAGUAGAGGUCUUCUCAAAAUGAAGUCCAUGUGUAAGGGUGCUCAUAUAAGUUGUAUAUACAUUAUGCAAGGUGUGCUCAUAUUUGUUC